UGGAGGCUUCUGGCCGGGAAGAGCCUGCCUGGUCAGCUGUGUCCGGUGGAGGCAGCUGCGGAACCCAGCUGUGGACUGUGCCAGGGGCUGGUCCUCGGGGCAGGAGCCCUGGGCUCCCCGGGGCCGGGUGGAACCAUGGGCCACCUCAGGGCUCCCCUUUGGCCCCGGGUCAGUCCUCUCUUUCUCCUGCUUGCUGAAGCAGCUUUGGCGCCCCCACUCAACCUGCCUAACCCCAAGCUUGAGAGCAAAGCGGCCCUGCUGGCAGCCCGCGGGUCCGAAGACCUUCUGUGCUUCACCGAGAGAUUGGAGGACUUGGUGUGUUUCUGGGAGGAAGCGGCGAGCUCUAGGAUCGGCUCCCACAACUACAGCUUCUUUUACCAGCUCGAGGGUGAGCCACGGAAGCCGUGUCACCUGCACCAGGAACCCACUGCCCGUGGCGCGGUGCGCUUCUGGUGCUCGCUGCCUACGGCCGACACGUCGAGCUUCGUGCCCUUAGAGCUGCAAGUCACAGUGGCUUCCUCGGGCACUCUGCGCUAUCGCCGUACCAUCCACAUCAACGAAGUGGUGCUCCUGGACGCCCCAGCAGGGCUGUUGGCACGGCAGGCCGAGGAGGGCGGCCACGUGGUGCUACGGUGGCUCCCGCCUCCUGGGGCACCUAUGACGACCCAAAUCCGCUACGAAGUGGAUGUCUCGGCCGGCCACGGUGCAGGAGGAUCGCAGAGGGUGGAGAUUUUGGAGGGUCGCACUGAGUGCGUGCUGAGCAAUCUGCGUGGAGCCACGCGCUACACCUUCGCAGUUCGUGCGCGUAUGGCCGAGCCGAGCUUCGGUGGUUUUUGGAGCGCCUGGUCUGAGCCUGUGUCGCUGCUGACUGCUAGCGACCUGGACCCCCUUAUCCUGACGCUCUCCCUCAUCCUGGUGCUAAUCCUGCUGCUGCUGGCCGUGCUUGCCUUGCUCCCCCCCCGGGGGGCCCUGAAGCAGAAGAUCUGGCCGGGCAUUCCAAGCCCAGAGAGCGAGUUUGAGGGUCUCUUCACCACCCACAAGGGUAAUUUCCAGCUGUGGCUCUCCCAGCACGAUGGCUGUCUCUGGUGGAACCCCUGCACACCCUUCACAGAGGACCCACCAGCCCACCUGGAAGUCCUUUCAGAGCGCUGCUGGGGGGUUACCCAGGCAGUGGAGCCAGGAGCAGAUGACAAGGGGCCUCUGCUGGAGCCAGUGGGCAAUGAACGUGCCCAGGACUCCUAUCUGGUGCUGGACAAGUGGUUGCUGCCCCAGAGCCCAUGCAGCGAGGACCUCUCAGGGCCUGAUGGCAGUGUGGACACAGUGGCUGUGGAUGAAGGCUCAGAAGCAUCCUCAUGCUCAUCUGCUUUGGUCUUAAAGCCCAGACAAGAGGGCGCCUCAGCUGCCAGCUUUGAGUACACCAUCCUGGAUCCCAGCUCCCAGCUCCUGCGUCCACGAGCACUGCCUCCUGAGCUGCCCCCCACCCCACCCCACCUGAAGUACUUGUACCUCGUGGUUUCUGAUUCAGGCAUCUCAACUGAUUACAGCUCAGGGGACUCCCAGGGAGCCCAAGGGGGCUCCUCUGAUAGCCCCUACUCCAACCUGUAUGAGAACAGCCCUGUCCCAACCCCUGAGCCUCUAUCCCCCAGCUAUGUGGCCUGCUCUUAGGACUCCAGCCUACAGAUGCUUGGGGAUCCAACAGGACUGCAGCGCCAGUUCAGGUCCAAGACUGACCUGAACAGGAACGGAGAGGCUGCCCUCAAGGCUAGGGGCAUUGCUAACUUUGACUGUUUACCCGACCCAUUCUGCUCAGAAAGUCCCAACUGUGCAGUAUUUUAUAAUAUGUAUGUUCUUUUUUUUUUUUGUAUAUACAUAUAUGUAUAAAAUAUGUUAAGUUUUUCUACUAUGACUUCUGCAGACUCUCUGUAAGCCCCAUAUUUCCCUAGGCCAUGGCCACAGGGGCAGCAGAUAAAGUCCUUGAUCUCACUCUGAAAUUUUGGACCUGGCAAUGUGAAGACUAAUCAUAAUGAAAUAAAUUAGUCAUGUAAAUUAUACUAGCUGGUGUAACAAGCAGCUCCUAGAUCUUAGUGGCUUAGCUCAUUACAUGGUUUCUCGCUGAUAUCCUAAUUCAGACUGGUGGGAAGCCAUUUUGGGAUGAGUCAGAGGCCCAAACUCUUUUGGUCUAUAGCUUAGUCUUCUCUUGGGAUGACCAUGGGGUCCUUAGAUCGAUGCUGUACGUCCUGUCAGCUAAUAAACAAAGGGAUGCAGCA